AUGAAUUUCGCAACCAAGAUCUUCAUCGUUCUGACUGUCAUCUGCUUGUCUGAAUUUAGUCAAGCAAGACGAGGUAAGUUAGCUCAGAUUGACUUCAUUUCCUCUCCUAAAAUCUUAGUUAAAAGAACUUAAAUAUUUUGUAUUUACCACGUAGGAAUUUCAUUGAUUUUUGCCUCCGGAAUUUCGGUGGGUGAAUGUAAUGUUACGAAUCUCUGGACUUUUUCCCUCUCUCGCGUUCAACCACAACAAAUACCACAAUUAGGCAUGUUCGUUUUAUUGAAUCGCUCAAUUCAUUGAAAAACAUAUGUGUAUGCUGUCAAUAGAUUUCAUGAGACGUAAUUGCUGUAAACUGUAACCUUUCGAAAUGGCGCGCAAUGGGUUUUUUUUGUGAACGUGAUUUACAUUAUCAUUAAAUGAACAGCGGGCCUGAGACAAAAGGUUUGAAGUUCGUGUAUUGUUAGAGUUGAUCUGGCAUAAAUAUAUUCAUCCUUUUAUUAAGCGAAAGACCUCAGUUAUAUGGGUUUUGAAUAACAUCCAAAACACAAAAAAAAUGAAAAAUAAAAGCUUAUUUUUUUGUGUGUGUGUAGGAGGAAAGCAUCGCAAGAAUCCGGAAAAGUCGAACACGUCAAAGCUGGAUGUGCAGAAUGCGGUCAAUGGAUCGGUAGCUAUUGGGGCAGAGCAUGUAAACUCAACAGUUAGUCCGUCGACCGGUCCUCGCCGUCCACAGAAGGUGAAAAGUAAUGUGCUACGAAAAAUGUCGCAUAGGCGCCACAUGGAGAAACGCUGUUGCAGAAUCGGCUACCGUGCUGCAGAACGGAGGCUUUUUUGUAGAGUGGAUCGACAGUACAGUUCAAAAUACCGGAAUAUGAUUCAUUAUGCCAGGCAAAGAUUUCAAUAUACUGGUAAGCCGUCGCGUGGAAUGCAACGCCUUAUCCAGCAAUUUGAACGGCACUGCCUCAAACCCCAGCUAAAGGGAGUGUUCUACAAGUGCUGUCUUGACGGAAUCUACUCGGUUCUCCCGAAAGGCGGACAGUAA